GUAUAAAAAAACAAAAAAAAAGGAGUCUGAAGGGGUUUUGACAUCUUUAUCCCCUUUCUCACGUGCAUCUCUCUCCUGGCGUCUGUCAGCAGAAGAUGAUGCGCCAGGUGUCCAGCAGCAGCGAUUACUGCGUCGACAGCAGGCCGUCGUGUUUAGCUGAGGACGGGAGACUCUCGCCGAGCCACUUUGAUUUGUGCCCCACCAAGUUCUAUCAGUCCUUCCCUCCUCAGCGCUCGCGGCAGAUGUGCUUCGCUUACCUGCCGCCUCCAGCCGCCGCCGUCCUCAAACCCACACCGUGCCAGAGGCAAGACUGCCACGAGGAGCCGCCGCUGUCCCCGGGGCCCGCGGUUGCUCAGGGCAACGACAAGAGUGGGGACUCCAAGAAGAAGAGUGCGUCAGGGAGGUCUGGUAAACGCGGGCGUCCGGCAGGCACCACCAAAUCAGCCGGAUACAGAACCAGCACAGGCAGACCUCUGGGCACCACCAAGGCUGCCGGCUUCAAGACCAGUCCGGGGCGGCCGCUGGGCACCACCAAAGCUGCGGGGUAUAAAGUGAGUCCCGGUCGCCCGCCGGGGAGCAUCAGGAGCCAGUCCUGCCUGAGCAAACUGAGCUACAGCGCCUGCAGCGGAGCCGCGUUUCCCUACAGCAUCAUGCACAAACCUGGAGCCUGUGACGCUGCGCUGAAGGAGGAGACGACCACAGAAACGCAAAAAAUGCUGUUACAAGCCCCGCAGUUCCUCCUCAGCGGCUUCCCCGUACGAAACCAAAAAACCCCUCCACCGAUCAGCGUCAUGCCAUCGGAGGCCUUUUCUCCAGCGGCCGUGUGUCUAGACGGCGCACUCCACCAAAGAACUCCAGCAGCUCUCUAUAGCGUGUGCAUGUUCAGUGGGUCCGUGACUGGAGAUAUGAUGCAAACAUGACACACGCUUUUUAAUUACACACAUCAGUUACAACACGUCUUGUAAUAGUUCCUUUUGUAUUGUAUUAAUUAUUCUGACUCUGAUGAUUAUUGUUGGUGUGGGAAUACUGUCAGCAUCUUGUGAAGAAGUGAUGUAAAAAUCUUCAUAUUGGUUUAAUAUCACGAUGAUUGAGAUGAGUAGUACGUAGCCUGCAAGUAGCAGUGUGUGGCAUUAAGGACAGGUUUAUGUUCAAUAUCUGUUACAUUCAUAUAAUCAGUGACGUGGGCUUUUAUUUUUUCCUCAUUUAUUUACUUUGUAAUACAGUUACAGUAUGAAUAUUUAUGUUUGUGUAUGUUUUAUUAAAAUGUAACCACAUCAAGGAAGUGUUAUUGCGGUUUAUUUCAUUCUACACCAUUAAAAUAACCGGAUAUCCAUAGAAUUUUAUUUUACUUUAAUGGUUUUAAAGUAGCGUACAAUGUAAACAAUAGUAGGCCUACAUAUGUAGAGAUAAAUGUAAACAA